GGGGGUGAGGGCGGGCGGCGGGGCGGGGACGCCGCGAAAUGGCCGCCAGCCCCCAGCCCGCCCCUGAGGCCGUCACUGCCGGCCGCCGCCCCGCCUCGCCCUCUCCCCGCUGCCGGUCUUCUUCCCCGGCAUGCGGAGCGGCGGCGGCUGAGGCUCGGCGCCUCCGAGGCCAUGUCGCCGCGGGCCGCCUUUCCCGGGGAGGUACGGCGGGCGUCCGCCUCGGCGUGCAGCCGAUCCCGCCUGCGGAGCGGCAGCACGGUGCUGCUGCCCUCCAUGCUGAUGUUCGGCGUCAUCCUGGCCUCCAGCGGUCUGCUCUUGAUGAUCGAGAAGGGCAUCCUGGCCGAGGUGAAGCCACUCCCAUUGCACCCGGCUGCCGGGGAGGUUUCCCGGCGGGUGGAGACUCAUGGAGGGGAUCUGGAGCAUGAGGUGCUGCGGGACAUCCGGAACCGCACCAUCCGCUCAGUGUGCGGGCAGCGGGCCAUGCCCCGCAGCAUCUGGCAGCUGCCAGCCGGGCAGCGGCGGACGGUCCUCCGUCACCUCCUGGUCAGCGAUAAGUACCGCUUCCUCUACUGCUACGUGCCCAAGGUGGCCUGCUCCAACUGGAAGCGCAUCCUGAAGGUGCUGGAUGGGGCGCUGGAGAGCGUCAACGUCAAGCUGAAGAUGGACCACAAGAGCGACCUGGUGUUCCUGGGGGACAUGACGCCCGAUGAGAUCAACUACCGCCUGAAGAACUACUACAAGUUUGUCUUUGUGAGGAACCCGGCUGAAAGGCUGCUGUCGGCCUACAGGAACAAGUUUGGGGAGAUCAAGGAGUACCAGCAGAAGUAUGGGGUGGAAAUAGUCAGACGGUAUCGAAAGAAUGGGGGGAAGUCGGCAGGCGACGACGUGACCUUCUCCGAGUUUCUCCGCUACUUGCUGGACGAAGAGGUGGAGAGGAUGAAUGAGCACUGGAUGCCCAUCUACAACCUGUGCCAGCCCUGUGCCGUGCGAUAUGACUUCAUCGGCUCCUAUGAGCGGCUGAAUGAGGACGCCAGUCGUGUCCUGGAGGAAGUUCAGGCUCCGUCCUUCAUCCGCUUCCCAGAAAGGCAGUCAUGGUACAAGCCGGUGACAGCAGAAACACUCCAUUACUACCUGUGCAACACCCAGCGCAGGCUGAUAAAAGAGCUGCUCCCAAAGUACAUCCUGGAUUUCACUCUCUUUGCCUAUCCCCUUCCAAACAUCACCAGCGAAUUCUGCAGGCAGUGAGGUGGUUUUUUGCUUUAGGAUCUGGAGUAAAUUCUGCAAGGUUUAGCUAAGACAGCGGUGGAGUGUUGCUGCAGGGCAGGGGAAGUUCAGAUUGGAUACUAGGAGACAUUUCUUCUCUGAAGGAGCCAUCAGGCACUGGA